AAGGAAUUGGUAAAUUCACAUACCAUGGAAAAUCUGGUAAAACAAAAACAUCAAUUAGUGAUACAAAUAAUACAAAUGGCAAAACAGUUAUAGACUAUGUUGUAGCCCAACCUUCUGUAUUUCCUUUGUUUAGCGAUUUUGAAAUAAUGAAUUUGAGAGUAGAAUCUGACCAUACACCACUACAUUUCUCACUUGAUAUCUUAGAUAAUCAAAAGGAAGUAACAAUGAAAACAAAUGAAAUUCUCAACCCUUUUACAUGUUUUAAAUGGGAUAAAAAUAAAAAGUUUGAAUUCAAAUCAAAACUUGAAAAUACUUAUAGUGAAAUAUUACUGGAUGACUUCUUUUCGGAUAUAGCCAAUUGUAACCUAACAUCUGAUGAUCUAACUUCAAAGUUACUAGAUGUUGUAAAUUAUGCUUCAACAGGAAUAUUCGAAACAAAAACCACUAAAUCUCGUACAAGCAAGUUCCCUGUUAAUCCUUGGUUUAGUGACAAAUGUAAAGACCUAAAGGCUAAAGUUCAUAAAAUAAUAAAGGAAAAUCCAGAGAGUGUUGAUCUAGAAUUGUUAACUAAAGAAUACCAUAGAGUUAAACAAUGUGAAAAAAGGAAAUACUCAAGUAAUCUGUGUAAAUCACUUCUAGAAUAUAAAUCAAAAAACCCUACAAAAUACUGGAACUUAAUUAAUAGCACAUCAAGUAAGCCACUUAAUGACAUUCCAAUCCCCCCAGAAGAACUUCUUGAAUAUUUUAAAAAAUUAUCUCUCCCCCC